AUGAAAGAGGCAUCACCACCGGUUUCCGCUAUGGCCACCCCAACAAAUGGAAGUGGUAAUUUAGUGGACGAAUUUGAAGAAGCUUUUCAGCAUUGCCUUAAUGUCCUCACCAAAGAAGAAGCAGUACCAACCUCGGAUAAGGAUGAAAUUAAAGUAGAAGUUGAACAAACCACCUUACGAUUUAUAGACUUGGCUAGACAAAUGGAGGCAUUUUUUUUGCAAAAACGAUUCCUAUUAUCAGCUCUUAAACCAGAAAUGAAUGUAAAAGAAGACAUAAGCGAAUUAAGAUUAGAAUUAGCUAGAAAAGACGAAUUACUGAAAAGACACUAUGACAAAAUUGCAGUGUGGCAAAAUUUAUUGGCUGAUCUGCAGGGAUAUCCAAAAAGCCCUGCACAGGGUAGUUCAACACCAGGUGUAAACAAUGGAGGAUCAGUUCCUCCUUCACCAAUGCCUUCUAUUCCAGGAAACCAGCCAACUAAUCAAAUGAUGCCAAGCAUCUCACCUGCAAUGCAACAACAGCUGCAGCAACAGCAAAUCCAGCAGCAGCUUCAAAUGCAGCAGAUUCAGCAGCAGCAGUUGCAGAUGCAACAGAUGCAGGAGUCUCUUCAGGUUCCCCCAGGCAUGUCACCCGGUCUGUCCCCAGGGAUGUCGCCCGGAAUGUCACCCGGAGGAGUUGGUCCAGGCAUGAUGUCGCCCCAGCAGGCCAUGUUCAUGCAACAGGGUAUGCCAAGCAGCAGAGGAGGCCCCUUUGCGCAACAAGGAGCCGCUGGAGUACUGCAAGGUCCGUUGGCUUACUUAGAAAAAACUACAAGUAAUAUAGGAAUGCAGGAUGGUCGCAGAUGACGCGGGCGCGGGAGGGGGCGUGGACGCGGCAGGGGACGUGGCAGAGGACGUGGUCGUGGGACUUUGCCUGACUAUUCGUCUCCUUAAUCCCCCUCCCAUAGCUGGGACGCACAGUCCCAGCUGGCGGCAUUGCAAUCCGUCGAAGGGGACAUCAUACGCAUUCUACUCGGUUAUAAAUGUCUGCCUAGUUAGUAUUAAUCCUAUUUUAUUUACUUACUCUUCACUUAAUGGGUUACACUACCAGUUUUAAUAUGCCUUUUGCAGAUAAACUUUUGGUUUAGUUUCACAAUCCCAAAAAUAAUAUUUUUGACGCUACAUCGUAAAAUAUUGAGCUAAUUUUACAUUAUUUCUUUAAAGGAAUAAUUUAAAAUUAUGUUUAUACACUUAAAUAUCCAACAAAAAAUGUUUAUGUGUAAAAAGUAAAACAUUUGAUCCCAUUUUUACAUAAUACUUAGGUAUUAACACAAUAGUGUCAGGAUUAAAACAAGAUAAAUAAAAUUGUGAUUUAACCCGAUUUCUAUCUUUUUUAAAGCUUUAAAAGCGUAUUUUUGUUUAUGAAGUUUUGUAUUUAAAAUAUAAAGGCAAUAACUUAAAUAUAUCCUUUUAUAGAAUAAAAAAUCAAAAUAAAUUUGUAUUUAUAGAUGUGUUUACUAUUUUUGGCUAAUACAAACCAAACUAACGAAAACAUUGCAAUAUUUAAAUUACGUUUGUACAAUUCCUAAUUAAAGGGCAUUAAGAUUAAAUAAAAUCUGUUAAAAUGUACAAUGCAAAUACUUAAAAUCUUUUCAUAGUACAUAUAGCUUACAAAUUAUAGUCCAAAACAAAUAUGUCGCCUUAAAUAAGUUUAUAUCCAUAUAUGAACAUAAUAAAGGAGUAAACGCGUAACCCCUACUGUUGUGUUUAAAGUGGUGUUAAAAAACUGAACCAAAAUGUCAUAGUCAUAAUCUUAAAGCGACAUGUUUCUUUGUUGUGUUUUUGUUAAAAUAUAAUGGUGGUUUGUUCUGCGUUGGGUUGUAGAAGUUACAUGCAGAGUUCGGUUUCGUCCCUGGUGGAGUGCGUUAUUGCUCUAUGAAAAAGUAAGUGAAAUAUAAGUGACUUUGCGACCCAGGAGGGACGAGAUCGGAUUCCAGGGUAGAAAUACACUGGCUUUAAUCAGAAAUAUAUAAAUAUAUGAAAAUAUUCGAAAAAAGAAACGGAUAAAUUAAUAUUAAAAUAUUUAAACAAAUGUGGUGCAUGGUUAAACAAAAUUGAACAUGGUGUUAUACAAAUUUAAUUAAUCAGUGGAUAAAUGAUUCAAGGGAUGAGUUAAUCUCAGACUUUCUUAACACGUUAACUGCCAAGUCGGUCCCAGGGGACCGCUAAUACUUUUUCCAUCCAGGCCACGGCGGUCCCUGUGGAUCGACUGUCAAUUUUUAUUUAACAUGAUUUUCUGGCCAGCGGACCGCUCGUAUAAGGUAUUUUAAAGCAUGCAUAGGACCGCUGAUGGCUGACGAAGAUACAAGAGUUUUUUAAUUAUUUAUUAUUUAAUCUGUAUUUUGACGAUUUUAUUUUUUAAAAGGAUACAAGUAAAAUAACAACUUGGCCCAAUAAAACAAAUCACCAAUAACGCCGUGGCGUUUAACGUGUUAAAUGAUGCCCUUGAUCAGUAAAGAAAAUUUAAAAAAAUAUAAUGUGCUGGACAAAAAGUUUUGAAGUACGCUAAGGCCAUUAAAUCUAGAGAAGAAGAAGAAGUUAUAUGUUAUAAUGACGAGAAUAAAGAGCCUGGAAAGGUUUUUCACAGGUAAAAUAACCUUUAACAAGUAACAUAACCUUUCGCAGGAAAAAUCUAUGUUAUUAAUUUCAAUUUAUUUAUUUUAAUCUGUAU